AUGGACGGCCACGGUCCAGCGCACGGGGAGCGGCUGGCCAGGAUUGCCGGCCACUUCAAACCGGUGGAGGCUAGCGGGCACGGCGGCGUGCUGCAGACCGGAGCAUGCUCAGCGGGUGACAGCGCAGGCUACGAGCGCCGGAAUGCGAGCCUCGAUGAUGUGGUGAUCGUGGCUGCCCUCAGGACGCCCAUGACAAAGGCAAAGCGGGGAUUGUUGAAAGACACCACUGCUGAUGAACUGUUGGCGGCAGUCCUCAAGGCCGUGGUGCAGAGGACUGGAGUAGAACCAGAGGCUGUUGGAGAUAUAGUGAUUGGCAGUGUGCUGGGACCGUCCUCCCAGCGCGCAAACGAAUGCCGCAUUGCUGCUUUCUUCGCUGGCUUUCCCGAGACUGUACCUAUCCACACUGUCAACAGGCAAUGCUCGUCUGGGCUGCAGGCUGUUGCAAGUGUUGCUGCUGCAAUCAAGUCAGGAUACAUUGAUAUCGGCAUCGCUGGGGGUGUGGAAACAAUGUCCCUCAACCCUAUGAAAUGGGAAGGUGGUGUGAACCCCAGAAUCCAGACAAUGCGCGAGACAGCAUCCUGCUUGAUGCCAAUGGGAAUCACCUCGGAAAAUGUGGCUCAAAGAUUUGGGGUGACCCGAGAGCAACAGGAUCGGUUUGCCGUUGACUCGCACAGGAAAGCUGCAGCAGCGCAGCGUGCUGGAAAGUUCAAGGACGAGAUUGUGCACGUUGCAACCAAGGUUAAGCAUCCCAAAACUGGCGACGUUGUCGACGUCGUUGUCACCGAGGACGAUGGCAUCCGUGCAGAUUCGUCCACUGCCAUGCUCUCCAAACUCCGACCUGCUUUCAAGGAGGGGGGAUCAACGACUGCUGGCAAUUCAUCACAGGUCACUGACGGCGCGUCUGCAGUCCUGUUGAUGACGCGGCGCGAGGCCCUGCGACGACGGCUGCCUGUCUUGGGUGUCUUCCGCAGUUUCGCUGCAGUUGGUGUUGACCCAGCCGUCAUGGGGAUUGGCCCUGCUGUUGCCAUUCCUGCAGCACUCGAGAAGGCUGGCCUCACUCUGGAGGACAUCGAUGUCUUCGAGCUGAACGAAGCGUUUGCCUCCCAAGCCACAUACGUGAUGGGGAAAUUGGGUUUGGAUCCCAUGAAGGUGAACCCCAACGGGGGGGCCAUCGCCCUGGGGCACCCGCUCGGCAAUACCGGCUCGCGCUGCACAGCCGCCCUGCUGCACGAGAUGCGCCGAAGGGGCCGGGCGGCCCGCUUCGGUGUGGUGACCAUGUGCAUCGGCUCGGGCAUGGGGGCGGCCGCGGUGUUCGAGCGCGGUGGGGAGGUGGAUGAUUUGAACGUUGGCCCGGUGGCCCAGCAGGGACACCUUUCCCGGGACGCCCGCGUUUGA